AUGCACAGAAACUUACUCUUCCUCGCGGCCCUCGGGACCGUGUCGUCGACGUGUAUUGCUGCUGCCGCGGAGCCGGUGGUUGAUGUUAAUCACAUCGUCGUCCGGCAGGAUACCACGGUUACCAUUACCGAAAGCUCCACUGGAGGCUCGCCAACCGACUCUUCGUCUGCUUCGUCUACCGAUUCCUCGAUGUCAUCAUCAACCGACUCGGCUUCAUCUUCCUCAAUGUCAUCAUCAGAGUCGAUGUCAUCAUCAUCAGAGUCAAUGUCUUCAUCGGACUCUAUGUCAUCAUCAUCAGACAUGGGCUCCUCUUCCUCGACUGGCAUGGGUACCAUGACAUCCAGCGACUACUCGGGCAGCAGCUCUAACCCCAGCUCCACGUCCAACGGCUACAGCUCAUCGAUGACCAGCGGCGGUUCGGGAGGCGCGGGAGGCGCGCCCGUAGCCACCGGCGCAGGACCGAGGAUUACAGCGGCACCUGCGGUGGCUGCUGCCAUUGGAGUAGCAGCUGCGGUUAUGGUCUAG